AGCGAUGAAUGGAGUUCACGUCCGAUUAAUCCGCAAUGUAGUUAAAUUGUUGUCGUUUCCGGUGGCGGGAACGAUGAUAAUCAUUGACUAUGUCUGGGUGUUAGCUGUUUUGUCGCUUGCUCGGGUACUUCUACACCAAAAUUUAUAAAGAAUGUGACCUACAGAGACACUGGAAAUGGCAAGUUUGCAAGAGGAGGAAACUCCACCUGAUAAAGAUAGCACACCUGGGACAGAUGAAGCUGUAGCAGAACUGAAGCAAGUCUGUCAAGAGAAGUGGGAGGUUGUUAAGACAAACCAUCAAUUAAUAACAAAAAACGGUGAUCCAAAAGCUGUAGGUGAUCAUUCUCCCCUAUUAGCAAUUUUGCAAGAAAAGGAGAAACGAGUGAAGGGUGAGAUUGAGACCAUCAAAAAGUCAAAACCUAGUGUUUUACCUGAAAAUCCUGACAUCCUCAGGGAAGUGUUGAGAAAAGACCUUGCUAAGAGUAUAUCACAACUGCAGGAAGUGUUUACCUUGGUAAAGAGUCAGAAAAAGGAGCUGACCCAGCAAAUAUCCCGUGAGGAAGAAAUACAGAGACAGCUGCAAUCAGUUCAUAAUUGCCUGGAGAUUAAGUUGGAGGGCAUUGCCAACAAUGAUGAGGAAGAGGUUACCAUGUCAUCUGUGAUGACUGAACUUGACAUAAAGAUUCGGAAAGGGGAGACAAUGAAUAGAAGUUUGACGAAGAGAUUGGUGCAUUUUGUCAACGAACAUUUCCCAUUGCCUAGUGUUGAAGAGGUUAAGGCUGGGAAGAAGAAACUACGGUCAAGUGACAAGAAGAUCUCCAUGGAAAAUCUUGUCCCAUUUAAAGUCGUGCUUCAAGAACUGAUGAAUAAGUGCAUUGAUGAACCACACGAUCCAUAUGUGAUAAUUACAAACAGAUUCUGGCCACCAUACAUUGAACUUUUGUUGCGAUGUCAGAUAGUGCUUCGACAUCCUGAGGAUGACCAAAGAAUCAAGCUUGUUCCUUUUCAUUUAUGACGUUAUGAUCAAAAGAUGAUGCCCAGGCAUUAGUUUUCUACUGAUCACCACCGUUGUGGCGUAUUGGAUAGAGCAUCUGUGGGAGAGACAACGCUUGAUCCCUGGUCCUGUAGCACCAAGAGAUGGUACUGGAUGUUACUUUACCUGGCAAUCUGAAAUAUGGGGAUACAACAAGGACCUGUUGGUUUUGAAUCGGUUCACUGAGACAACGACAUAUCCUGGCUAAACUCUGGGGGGGGGAGCAUGCACACAUGUGAACACUUACAUUGAUGUAUAAGUGCUGUACAUUUACAUGUGACAUUAAGCCCAUUUUCAUCUUUCCCUUCUUCUUCUUCUUCCCCCCCCCCUUUCUGGCUUUCAGAUACAUUGGGGAUUGUCAACAACCUGGUUUGCCCCAUUUCGAGGUGUUCCUAUUUUAUAAAUAAAAAAUGUUUUUUAGUCAGUUGGAAAAUUGCUUUCUAACCAAACAUUAAUUGACAUUUGGUAAACUCUUCAUGUUUUGGUUUAUUUCUGAACAAACCAUUCGUUUAAAACAAUAUUUGGCCCAAUAGAAAUAAGGUGGAUGCUCCCUUACAGUGGUUGAGUCAUUGGUCGUGCCAAGGCCCAGGCUCCAUUCCCCAUAUGGGUACAAAGAUGAACCCCACAUGUGAUACUUGCCAUGAUAUGGCUGCAAUAUUGUUGGUGGCAGGAUAAAGUAUCUCCACAUGCUUGCUCUAAUAGGUUUGGAUAAAUCCAGAAAGUACUGGGGUCAAGAUUAUAUUCAUUUGGUUUUCAUGCUUAUUCCAUAAGAACAAGGGCGGUGGGGUAGUCUAGUGGUUAAAGCGUUGGCUUGUCACGCCGAAGACCCGGGUUCGAAUCCCCACAUGGGUACAAUGUGUGAAGCCCAUUUCUGGUGUCUCCCGCCGUGAUGUAGCUGGAAUAUUGCUAAAAGAGGUGUAAAACUAAACUCAGUCAGUCAGUCCGUAAGAACACAAGGUCGUUUUCUAUUUAUGAGUUCUCCCAUGUCUAUGGAGUCGCAUGUAUCAUGUUAUGCUAAGACUAUAUUUGUACUGUGUAGUAGCUGUAAUGUGCAAGUGGUGUGGGGUAACCUGCCCCUGGUCAGACCAGGAAGUUGUAUUGAAUUAUGUAAUGUGAAUAUAUUAUAGGCAAUGUGUAUCAUCCUAUGCUUGUUCUAAGGCAUGUAGUCACAAUAUGGCUGAUAUAUUGCUGUAGUGACAUUAAGUAUUAACUCACUCUAAGGCAUGUAUAUAAAUACAUAAGUCUCCUGGACAUGCCAUGUUAGACUUCCACUAGUGUCAGAGAAUCAGUUGGUUGCCUGGAAAAUGCUCCUCUUUUUGUAAUAUAUGUUCAAUAAAUUUAAUAUUGUGAGAAA